GUGAAGUUUCUAAAGAAAGCACACUGGCAACUCUGCGAAUUGGGCGGCGCGGCUUAGCUGACAGUACAGAAUCGAAAAUUGACCAUGCAAAUCCAUUGACAGAUAGCGAUUGCAGCGGUCCGUUCAAAGUUAUUAUGGACAUCUUCAUGCAGAUCAAGCCUAUCUGUCAAGGCAGUGCCAACGACAUUGGAGCUCUCAGUGCCCCAGCUGUAUUGAAGACGACACACCACUCCAUACAACUGUUGUGGGGUACGUUACCCAAUGAAACAGGAAGACCCAAGUACCAUGUGAAAGAAGAAGGGUUUGGGAUUGUGUACAGGGGAUAUGCUACUCAGCACAUUUUCACUGGUUUGAAGGCGCUAACACAGUAUACAUACUGUGUCAGGCUUUUGAAUGACACUGGUAUUGGACCUUGGAGCUGUACUGUCACUGUUACAACUGAUAAACAGCCAAGAACAAGCGAAAACCUUCAUAAGGCCAUAAAUCGAGGGAAUUUACAGGCAGUUAAGACCAUACUGGAUGAGAAUUCACUUUAUAUUGAUGUACCUGAUAUUUACGGAUCUUCCCCGUUAAUGAUUGCUUCCAGUCAAACUAAAAACAACAUCGUUUCCCUUCUUUUAGACAUGGGAGCAAAUGUAGAAUACUGCAACUAUGGUGGUAAAACAAGUUUGAUGGAAGCUUGCUAUUUUGGCAAUACUGAGGGAGCAAAACUUAUUGCAGACAGUGGAGCGUCUUGGACUAGUCGAGACAAUUCAGGCUUCUCAGCUCUUCAUUACGCAGUAGACGGAGGGAACCUAUCUACAAUUAACUACAUCCUUAGCGAAGGAGUAAACGUUGAUGAUAAGAAUGAAUGUACAUUGUCGGGCUGGACACCUUUACUAAGAACUGCAACAUUUGGUGGUAAAGCUAGAGUCGCUCAAGUUUUGAUCGAGGCAGGGGCAAAUGUGAGCAAGUGUGAUAAAAAUGGAAAGACGCCACUUAUGCUGGCGUCACUGAAUGGUUUCAAAGACCUUGUGCAACUUUUACUGGCUAAUGGUGCUGACCCUGCGGUCAAAACUAAGCUCGGCAUGAGUGCUAAGGAUUUCGCUCAAUCAUUCAAUCACCAGGAUGCAGUGGAGUUGCUGGAAUCUAAAGGAAACUAAAUUGGCGUCAAGUAAAACUCUAGUUAGUGGCAAUCAUACAAUUAUUAUACAUUUGCUAUUAGGAGUCAAUCUGCUUUGCAUGUAUCAGUUUUAACUGUGUGCCUUGUUGCAUCCAGUGUAAAUGUUUUUGACACACCACCGAUGACUGACUUCAGCCUCUUGCACUUCACUGUGUCAAGGUCUUCAAUACCAGUAACAGCUCCACUUCUGUCGAUAGAUAACGGUAUAACCGGUACCGUUGGUAAAAUUGACUUUCUAUAUAAGUGAAGAGGACGUCUGAAACCUACACAUGGAUGAAAUACACUAUAAUAAUUAAUGUGGAUCUUGCACAGCAGCUGUAUAAGUGUGCAUGACUGAAACAGCAAAAAAAAUAUAUAUGAUGGUAACGAUUAAUUGUUUAGAUCACACAUGUUGCUACUAACUUAACCUAUACAUGUACUUGAUAAAAUUUGCACACACUUCACGAUCUAAAGGGCAUUUUAAAAUUAUUUCUUGCCAUUUAUAUACAGACAGCGGUACCUUUAGACUGGUUACCAGGUACCCCAAGUAGCUUGUGCUGAGUAAAGCCAACCUCCGAUGACAUUAGAUACAAAUGAAAAUCACGAGGGAAGAAAGUAAUCGAUUCAUAGUUCUUCAGUAUCUGAGGCUGAAAAUACAAGGCACAUAAAAAAUAAUUGCUAGUAUAUUUCUAGAGUAUAAACUUUUGCGGAAAGACCGUUAGAAAGGUUUUCACGGAAUAGCAGCUUUUGUACCAUCAAAAUUCAUUAGGAAGAGUACGCAACUCCACUAAUGAAUAAUGAAUAACAUUUGUGAUAGAUGUUAUUGGGGCGAGCCCUGAGGUGAGUCCCAUAGUUUCGAGUACUGUAGAGAAAAGCUCAGCGACCAGAUAUCUGUCUGUCUGUCUGUCGCUUGAAGCUUUUUAACUUGAUGAUCGCUGAAUUUGCAUUUCAGAGCAAAGCUUUUUAGCGUGACGAUCGCUCGCUGCAGUAUAUAUCGUAUAUACUUUGCAAGUUAAGCAGAUACUAAAUCAGCAAAAGUACACUGGUAGUCUACUAUGGAUGAAACUGUAACUGAUACAGGUCAACAGCGGCGAAGGCAACGGUGCUCCCUACGUCAAGAAAGUAGUUCCAUAUCCAGACCAGAAGAUAAUGUAACGAGCGGUCAGAUCGGGCCAGGGAACGUCGUCAGGAAGCACGCGCUAAUGAAACUACAGAUGAAAGAGAACUGAGGCUGUUAUUCUCUACACCCACGCUUACACAACACUACUACCUGCAAAUUCGCUAAGGCUCGCCCUACACAAUGCUUCCAGCAUCCCCUAGUUAAUGGCCUUUCCUAGCCAGCGUUGUUAUGCCUCGAGGCGUAGCCGCAUGAGGGAUACGACUGUGUGUGUGUGUCUGUUUGUCUGUAACUGCUCAACGAUUACAAUGCGACGAAAACUAACAGCUUCUAACUACGUUCUCUUGGAUUUUGAUUCGUGGAUUAGCAAACUAAAGCUUCUUUCUCGAGUUAUGGCUAGUUUGACUCAAAUUGAAGGCUGUUGCAGUCUCUUCAAAAUCUUUCGUAGCAUUAUUUGUUCGCAAGUUUUUAUUCAACUUAUGAGUUAUCCUUGCACUAAAGCGCUAGCUUUUUAUUAACUACGUACAAGAGUCAGAAAAGAGCUGCUAAAGCAGCUAGUAGCCGGCCAUAAACUUGACCUCUUGCAGACACAACCCUUAUCCCUUUACCAGUCAAAAUGUUGUAAUUUUUACAACAACUAUCUGGGAGGGAGUGUGCUAUCAACUUGUGAAUGUUGCAUGAUAUUGGAUUCUGUGGCAGAUUGGAUAGUAUCAUGAAUGCGAUUAUCCUUUGAUGUUCUGCUGAGCUGUUCAAUUAGGACACUUAAAAAAAAAAAAAAAAAGGUUUAAAACAA